CAGUUUUGGGAAAAAUGUAUGUUGCUUUUGCUGGACGUGCCAUGGAAUCCACUGUCGUUGUUCUACGUUUCGCACGUGCUUGCUGCGCUUGACACCUCAGCUGUCUGCUAUCAGAUUCCGACCGGUUAUAUCCUUAUAGGGUUGUUUUCAAUUGCUUUCAAAGAGCGCCUGGUGGGCGAAGAUGCGAUGCAACUCGCUUCACCUCAGCUUGUUGUGUUGAAGCUGAAGUGCAAUGAUGCGGAGAGGGCUUGCAAAUUAAUCUCCCUGUAUGUGGGUGGCGGUGGCACGAAAGUGAAGAAUCUGUUGAGCACGAUCUGCCUCGCUUUUGAGCGUGAAACUGUGGCUGCAUGCCUUUCGUCUGAUGUCGAAUCGCCAUUUCUUGAAAACUUAGUUUCAAUUCUGUCUGUAUUAACCGCCCAGCAUUUAGUCGUUACCUCUUUUGCUGACUAUACAAAGCGACGAUUUUCCAACGAUUUGAUACGCGACAAGGAUCUUCGAUUGGCGCCAAGGUUUGGUCACGUGUACAAGUGGCUACGUUCGCACAGCAGCAGCGAGGCAGAUGAAUCUUGCGACAUCUUCGAUUAUUUUAGUGAGCUUUUCUGUUUGGAAGCGAAGCCCGUAUCAGACUCUUUGCUACUGAUAAUAAGCAGUGCCUUGCCGGUUCACGCGCUUUGCAAGAAGCUGUACGAGCUAAGCGCUCUGCGAAGGAGGACGUUUUUCAUGGAGGAGGCGGUGGAGCUGCUGUUCGAAUUGUUUACGUUCGAUGACGUUUCCGGUCGAUGCAACAGGCUCAUGUGUUCUGUGAGGAGUUUGUUCGAUCCCCAGAGCCUAAAUUGUAUCGAAGAAAACGUUCCCAACGAUUACACAUGCAUUUGGCGAACUCGGAUUCGCGCAGCAGCUGCCUUGCUGAAAAUGUUCAAAUUGUCCGCUCAGGUGGUCGAAGACAUUUUGAAACAGUUUCUCCGUACGCUGAAUGAACUGAUCGAGUCGAAGAAAAUGAUCAAACUGUAUCCAAAUUCACCAUUGCACAUCCGCUUUACGCGCUUCCUGCAGCUGGCGCUGAUAUUUCAACCUUAUAUUCACUUGGACGAAACAGCACGACAGUUUCUGGCCAUUUGCUGCAUUUUCUUCGAAAUGGCUGCCCAGCCAUCGGUAACGAUUCUCGCCGAGUGGAUCAGCUCACGUAUCUGUGUUCAAUUUCCCUCUAUUCUCGAUUAUUGGCUUGAAAUCGAAUAUGAGGUGAGAUAA